AACAUAAAUUGAGGGAAGGCCACUGGCUGGCAAAGUUGUCUUUUCAUGGUUGAGUUGUUAUAUAAUAGCUCUUACUAUAUAAUGAGAGAUCAGAACAGAACUCACACACAGAACCAGACCACAUCCUCAGAGACCAGAGCAUCAGAGACCAGAGCAUCAGAGACCAUCUCAGACAAUACAAUCUUCAGCAUCUCAACCAUCUCUUAACCAUGAAGACCCUGACUGCUCUACUCCUCCUGGGACUGCUCUGCUCCCUCCAUAAGACGUCUGCCGGUGUCAUUGAGUUGGACAUGGCACCUUACUGCUGUAUGAAAUUCAGCGCGAGGAUCCCUCUUCAACAAGUGGUUUCUCUCAGACCAACUUCCAGUAGCUGCCCUCGCAAAGCACUGAUUUUCACCACAAAGAAAGGGAAGACAUUUUGUGUUGACCCUUCUGAAGCCUGGGUCCAGAGUCAUGUGACCAAGAUUGAGAGCAGAUCGACUGCUGCCUAGUCGACGAUGAUGUCAUAAACCACCAUCACCCCCUAAUACCCUAACCCAUUGUUGUGCAGUAUGCAGGGAAUAGGUUGCCAUUAGUGACGCAGACCUUGUCAGGCAUGUCAAUACCCUAUCUGAGAUUGGCAUAGAGUAGGUUCAAUGUAAUGUGCUGUAUGUAAUAUAGUGUAAUGUAGGAUAUACAAAUUGUUUAUUUUUCAAUAAUUGUAAACAUAUUUGACAUAUCCUGUGAAAGAGUGGUUCAAAUUAUUCAAUUAAUGAAUUUAACGAUAUUAAUGGGUCGUAACUAGGUCUAUUCUACUGAUAUAGAUAUUGAUGGGUUGUAACUAGGUCUAUUCUACUGAUAUAGAUAUUAAUGGGUUGUAACUAGGUCUAUUCUACUAUAGUGAUAUAGAUAUUGAUGGGUUGUAACUAGGUCUAUUCUACUGAUAUAGAUAUUAAUGUGUUGUAACUAGGUCUGUUCUACUGAUAUAGAUAUUGAUGGGUUGUAACUAGGUCUAUUCUACUGAUAUAGAUAUUGAUGGGUUGUAACUAGGUCUAUUCUAUUAACACAGAUAUUGUAUUUUUCUACUAUACUUUCAACUGUUGUGCAUCAGUCGUUUUUUUAAUAAAUGAAGGUUUCUGAAGAA